UGCAGACUGCUGCAUGCAUUACUCUGUUCUUUCUUGCGAAACUGGACGUACAAUUCCUUUAGCUAGCUCGUCUACACUUUUCUGAGAACUGGAAGGGCACUGCAACAACCAACCGUCGCCGAAUUUGGCAUGACUAGGCUCACAAAUUUGCUCAGGUACAUAUCUCGGCACGCCCCCAACAUGGCCCUGCCUGCAGCCACACUCCGAACCGGGGCACAGAUGCCUCUGCUGGGGCUAGGAACAGGGCCGGGAUCGGUAGGAACUUGGCAGACUUCCACUGAACCAAUCUACGAAGCCGUGAAGGUUGCCAUAGAUACGGGGUACCGUCACAUCGACAAUGCGGAAUCCUACGCGGAAGAGCAGGCGGUCGGACGGGCGCUACAGGAGAAGGUCGGAUCUGUGGUGGAGAGGAAGGAUAUCUUCAUCACCAGUAAGUUGUGGAACACGAGGCACCACCCCGAUGAUGUCCUACCAGCCUGUCAGAGGAGCCUAACCGACCUGGGACUAGACUAUUUGGACCUGUACCUCAUGCACUUCCCUGUAGCAUGGACGAGAGGGGAUGUGUACUAUCCUAAAGACGAGAAUGGCCGAGCAGUACUGGCUACUCCUGAUGUUCCCUUCAUGGACACAUGGAAGGCCAUGGAGAAGCUUGUGUAUGCAGGACUGGUGAAGGCCAUCGUGUGUGUCCAACUUCAACAUCUCACAGAUGGAGGAGGUUCUGACCAAUGGGAGGAUCAAACCAGCUGUCAAUCAAGUGGAGUCUCACCCCUACCUGGUGUGCAGCAAGCUUCUGAAGUGUGCUGCGGACAACAACGUCGUCAUCACGGCGUUCAGCCCGCUUGGCAGACCUGGGGAGGAAAGCCUACAUGGUGUCAGUCCCCUCAAGGAUCCUAAGGUGAUUUCAAUUGCAGAAAAGCACAAGAAAACUCCAGCACAGGUGUGCCUCAGGUGGCAGGUACAGAGGGGCAUGGUCCUUGUCCCAAAGAGCACCUCACCUGCCAGAAUCCUGGAGAAUUCUCAGGUACAUGUAAGAAAGUGGGGUGUG